AUGCGUCCAAUCUUCCUUCUCCUCGCAGUCGCCGCUAUCGCCCAAGAGACUGUCACCGUCACGGUCACAGUUCCAGCCAACCAGCCGGCGCCACCGCCGCCGCCCGAUGCUCAGACCAACGGCGGUCCCUUCGCCCCGACGACGAUAAUAACUAUCACCGGCAGCGUCGACCAGGCGGCCCUCAGCAGCAUCCUGAACCCCAAGAAUACCGACGGUCAGCAGGUUCCCGCGACUCCCACUGUCGCUCCCACCUCCGCCACCGAUCAGACUCCGGCCCCGUCCCCUACAGACCAGGCAGCCUCUCCUGCUCCCACAACCCCGGCCAACCCCGCUACCACCCCCACCCCUCCCGCGUCCAUGCCAACGCCCACGCCGACGGCCCCUCCUACUGCCGAAACGCCCACCCCGGCGCCAAGUCCUACUCCCACACCCAAGAGCGGAAGCAGGAUCGCCAGUCCUGCCCUCGCCAUGGUGCUCGUUGGCCUAGGAGCUGCAAUGGCGUUAUGA